CAACAACAAAAUAAUAAUCAAUAUUCUAAUCAAUUAUCAAUUAUUAUUAGUAUUAUUAUUAUUAUUACUAUCAUUGUUGACAAUUAUAAUGUCAUCGUCAGCCCAGUUGAUAAUAAACACAACAAAAACAGCUACCAGUGCUCAAACUGAUUAUGGCAUAGAUUAUUAUCGGCACCAAUAUUGGGACGACCGGUGCGAUCCGCGUACUGUUGACCUGCCACUGAUGAACGGCGGUCCGUGGAAUUUGGCCGCUAUAUUGUUAGUCUAUUUUGUGUUUGUCACCAAAAUCGGUCCCAAAUGGAUGGCCAAUCGGAAGCCAUACGAGUUGCGACUACCGAUGCUUAUCUAUAAUAUCGUAAUGGUGGCCAUCAAUGCCUACUUUCUGUACGAGUCGCUCAUUUGGAUUGAGUUCGGGCCGCGACUGUUUAACUUUAAAUUUCCCGAUAAUCGGGAGCAAAGUGAGGCCACUAUGCGUGUGGUCCGUAUGUUUCACUAUUAUAUGUUUACUAAAUUUAUCGACUUUUUCGACACAUUCUUCUUUGUGUUGCGAAAGAAAGACAAUCAGAUAACUGUCCUCCAUAUCUAUCAUCACGUAUCGGUGCCUAUCAUCGGAUGGAUCAGCGCUUGGGUAUCUCCAUUGAUGCCAGUGCUGGGACUGUUCGCUCUACUGAACUGUUUCUGUCACGUAUUGAUGUAUUCAUACUACGCGUUGGCCGCAUUCGGACCGGCCAUUCAGCCCUACCUCUGGUGGAAACGGUAUAUCACACAAAUCCAGAUGAUCCAGUUUGCCAUUAUUGGUAUCUACGGUGCAAUACUAAGCGCAUAUCAUGUUGACUAUCCGCUCUUCUAUCGGCUUAUGCCUACCAGUCAGGGACCGAUAUUUUUUGCAAUGUUUGCCAACUUUUACAUUAAAUCUUAUCGACGAAAACAUCGGUCAACUAAUAGUAUUACUGAUAAACAACAAAAACAACAACAGCUUAAAAGUGAUGAAAAAUACAAAACUAAUUAAAUUCAUUCAUUAAUAGUUUUAUUUUUUUUAAAAAUUUU